UGUAGAAACCUUGGUAUUGCCAGAUUGGGUUUGAUUAUUGUGUUUAGAAUACUAGGGUUACUUUUGUAGAAAUUUACCUGUAUCAUGAAAUAGUAAAUUCUAAUUAUGAUGGAACCCAUGUAAUGUGAUACUGUAUUGUAGUAAAGUAUUAGGUAAGUCUAGUUAAUCAUAUUUAUUGGGUAUUACAAGUGUUUGAAAUUCCUUGUAAUGGCCCUGGGUACAAGAAGUUCACGAUUUGGCUCAACUGAAGCCAUUCAGAUUCACUUGUUUUUAGGGUUUUUAGUUCGUUUUAUGUUUAUUGUGUAUGGUGAGCACCAUGAUAAAACCAAUGUUCUUAAGUAUACAGAUGUGGAUUAUCAUGUUUUUACGGAUGCUGCAUAUGAGGUUGCCAAUGGUGGCUCCCCCUUUGACAGACACACUUACAGAUAUACACCAUUUCUAGCAUGGAUGUUACUCCCAAAUAUUUACUAUCAUUUUAUUUUUGGGAAGCUGAUUUUUUGUUUUUUUGAUUGUGUAGCUUCAAAAUUGAUGUACCAUUUGCUGUUGCUUGAUGGCCAGAGUAAAGCAACUGCAGUUAAAUGUUCAUUCUUAUGGUUAUAUAACCCACUGGUUAUUGGAGUUUCAACUAGAGGAAGUGCUGAGGCUGUCAUGGCUGUAUUAGUGUUGUUGACCUUGUACAUGUUACGAUUACGUCUCACCCUUUUGUCAGGGUUUUUUUUGGGCCUGUCUGUUCACUUUAAAUUGUACUCUGUGAUUUACGCUCUUCCUAUGUAUGUGUCAUUAACAAGUCACCAUCAUCAGGAUUCUGUUGGAAGGCAAAUUCUUCCCAACCAUGCUAAGGUAAGGUUAGCAGUAGGUGCGAUGAUUUCAUUCUUUGGCAUGACUGGGUUGGGUUUUUUCUUAUAUGGAGAACAGUACAUAGAGGAAGCUUUUUUGUACCAUCUCUCUAGGACUGAUACAAGGCACAAUUUUUCCAUAUACUUUUAUCUUUUGUACAUUGGGUCUGAUUUUCACAUCCCGGGGCUAAGCAUAGCAACAUUUGGUCCCCAGCUCCUUUUAGUUGUUGCCCUCGGGUACAAAUUCAGUAAUAGAUUAGAUGUUCCAUUUGCCAUUUUUGCACAGACUGUUGUGUUUGUAACAUUUAACAAAGUUAUAACAUCUCAGUAUUUUUUAUGGUAUCUAGUCCUUUUACCUGUAAUAGUUCCACGUCUGUCAAUGACUUGGCAAAAAGGAGUUUUAUUAACUGUCUUGUGGACAGCAGCCCAAGUCUCAUGGCUUCUCCCAGCUUAUCUUCUUGAAUUCCAUGCUAUUAAUGCAUUUAUACCUAUCUGGCUUGAGAGCAUUGCAUUCUUUUGCUGUAAUGUUGGAAUCUUGAUGGCUUUUAUAUCGAGUUACAUUGCCAUACCAAACAUACAUCACCAAAACUCCCGUAAAAACCGGUAGCCUAUAAAAACAUGAAAUUUUAGGAAUACAGUGUAAUAUGUACAUACAGAUUGAAUAAAUAUCAUAUGAUAUUGAUGAACAUAUUG